GCCUCUGCCAGCCCAAAUUCACUGCUUUCUCCAGCUUUGCCAGUUGGUUUCCUUUAGUCGCGCCAAAUUAUUUCUCCAAACACGCGGUCGACUCAGCUCAUCGCAUAGGAUGCAUCCAACGAAUUAAUAUCCAUCAACGUCCACAUCCUAGCAACCCGUCUAAGCGCACUCUUCAAUUAAAUUCUUUCCACUCAUUAAUAAAUUAGUCGCAGCCAGAAUUACGACUGUUGCGAUACGUCGCGUCAGUUUCUUUUUUCUUUUCGAAAUUGAUAUCAUCAUCACAUAUCAACGUCUUUUCCCCCUUCGAACGUUGUUAGUUGGAAAUUCGCAUUUUCCUUCAAGAUGGAAGGCGAACACGCCAACUACGGCUCACCAGCCAAUGCAGCAACUCCGGGCAGUAACCCGAUCCUAGCGCAGCCGCCUCUUCAGUCCGAUGUGUCGGGUGCGCCUCAAGGCUCCGAAGAUGUGCAGAUGUCCGAAAUCCCCUCCGCAGACCCCGUUAUUAAGCAAGAUAGCACUACUCCUGCACCUGCUGGUACUUCAGACAACCCACUUGAUGCCCCUCCUGCACCGCCUGCUGAAACUACCCUAGCUAAGGAUGAUGAGGAAAUGGGCGACGCUCAGGCCGAGCCUCGGGAUGGACGUCCCCAAGACAAGGACGUCGAAGAUACGGCCGCUGCCGGCGACGGUAGCGCUCAAGAGGUGAAGUCAAAGGAAAGCAUCGAGAAUGCCGCGCGCGAACAUCUUAUCUCCCAAACCCACGCAAUUGUUCUACCUAGUUAUAGUACCUGGUUCGAUAUGAAUGCGAUCCAUAGCAUCGAACGUAAAGCUCUCCCCGAGUUUUUCAACAGUCGGAACCGAAGCAAGACCCCCGCCGUAUACAAGGAUUACCGCGAUUUCAUGAUUAACACCUACCGGUUGAACCCCGUUGAGUACUUGACCGUAACUGCGUGUAGGCGAAACUUGGCUGGCGACGUUUGCGCCAUCAUGCGCGUCCACGCAUUUUUGGAGCAGUGGGGAUUGAUCAACUAUCAAGUUGAUGCGGAUCAACGUCCGUCUCAAGUCGGCCCGCCCUUCACGGGUCAUUUCCAAGUCAUCUGUGAUACCCCUCGUGGGCUCCAACCCUGGCAACCCUCGGCCGAUCCGAUCGUACUCGAAGGCAAAAAGAAUCAAGAUACAGACCAAAAGGCCAAUGCUGCUGCUACUGCUGCGGGCGAGCGAAACCUUGAGAUUGGCCGCAACAUCUACGAGGCUAACGCGAAAGGGGCGAAAAUUAACAAGUCCGAAAAUAAGACCAAUGGCGAGGCCACCACCAACGGUGCAACACCACCAAUAGCUGAUGACAAUCUGAGCAAGCCCAUUGCUAAGGUGCACUGCUACAACUGCGGUAUCGACUGCACUCGGCUCUACUACCAUCUGCCGGAGGCCAAUUCCACUAAUAAGGCGAAGUGUGACCUGUGUUCCAGCUGUUUCGUGGAGGGCCGAAUACCUGGAAAUCAGUCCAAUACCCAAUUUGUCCAAAUAGAGAACAAAACUUAUUCCUCCGUUCUCGAUCGCGAUGCCCCUUGGACAGACGCCGAGGUUCUUCGACUUCUUGAGGCCUUGGAAAGAUAUGAUGAUGACUGGGCUGAAAUUGCAGCGCACGUAGGCACGCGAACUCGGGAGGAAUGUGUCUUACAGUUCCUUCAAUUAGACAUCGAGGACAAAUAUCUCGAGACGGAAGCCCCUAUUCAUGCUCCCACCGGUCUUGCUAUGCUCGGAAAGCAUGGCGGUCAUCUUCCUUUUAGUCAGGCUGAUAACCCGGUCAUGUCGGUUAUCGGAUUCCUCGCUAGUCUCGCAGAUCCCAAGACAACAGCCGCGGCGGCGAAAAAAUCUGUGGAGCAACUCCAAGAAGGCCUACGAAAUAAGAUUGAAGGCAACGAUACGGCUAAGGUUAACGGAAAAGGCAAGGGGAAGGAGGGCGACUCGAUGGAAGUAGACGGUCACGAAGAGAAUACCAGUAGUGCUGCGUCUGACUUGGCCAGCAUACCGCUCGCCGCCAUGGGCGCGCGUGCGGGCGGCCUAGCUUCGCACGAGGAGCGAGAGAUGACGAGACUCCUCUCUGCCGCAGUAAACGUCACCCUACAAAAAAUGGAGCUGAAAUUGAAGUAUUUCGACGAGAUGGAAGGUAUUCUACAGGCAGAGCGACGCGAGUUAGAGCGAGGCAGGCAACAACUCUUCCUUGAUCGACUCGCCUUCAAGAAGCGGGUACGGGAAACGCAAGCAGGCCUUAAGUCGGCUGGCAUGAAUGGUGACGUUAAGUCCGACGGCAGCGGCCUCACAUUUACCUCGGCUCCUCCGUUAAGUGCCGUCCAACCACUCGGUAGCGACGGUAAUAUCAAGAGCUACGAAGCCUAAUUUAUUUUUUCCAAUUGGGAGGGAUUAACUCCGCGCCAAGCUGCGCAAGAGAAGGUUGAAUUUUUAAUUGUGGCGAAUUCAGGCAUCCUAAAGGGACUUUGAUUUGACUAUUGCGAGCCGCCGGCUCCCGUGGGCGUCAACGGAAUAGGGUUUCUCGCUAUUUGCUUUUGCUUGGUUGUCUUUUCUUUUUCUUUUCCCCUCUGAAAAUAAAGCUCUCAUGUCCUCUGAAUAGUUAAAAAAGAACAUUCUAGGGGGAAAGUAAGAGGAUGGGAGAAGGAGGAAGAGGGUAUAGUGUCUUGCACUUGCAUAGUGACGGUGAAGACCCCCGUGUAUACUACGAGUGCUACAAACUGCUACUCAUAAAUGGGACCCGACUAUGGGAAAUGGAAAAGAUAAAGAGAUACAUAGUAAUGAAUUCCUAGAUGAUGUAA